GGAUUUGUCAAUUUAAUAUUGUAUUUCUUCUUUUCCUAAUAUAGAAAACCCAACGAGUUUUUAUAACGUUAUGCAGUUACCCUCUCUUUAUAAUUGUGCUUAAUAUUUUGCGAAUGUUGUGUGGGUUUCUACAAACUAUUACAUAAUACAUUAUCGAGAUUGUGCUGCAAAGUAAAUAGAAACUAGAUUAUGUGUUAUCGGAAUAAAGCGCACCAUUUUAGUCCAAAUAUACAAACAAAAUUACUUAACUUGCAUAGUGAAUAUUGUUUGUGUUGGGAAAUAUUCCCUACCAUUGGAGCAGCUGUUGCUAUAAUAAUUUUAUCAACCGAAAAAAGACUAUAAAUGUCAGCAAACAAUGAAUUUAAAUCGGUUGCAUAUUACAUGCUCUCGAUGCAAAUACCAUUUCAGCCAAAGAGGCUACGAUCUUUUAUAAAAUGAUAUUAGACUUUGAGCAGCGGAAGACUGGAAGAAAACUGAAAUACUACAUAGAUUUUCUUUAUUAUCAAAAUGCUACAAGCCGUUAGAUUGUUAACAGAAAUGGCAAGAACGUCGGAUGAUAGAUCUCGUGGAGACGGUGGAUCCAACUCUGAUGCUCAAGCUGUCUCAUCCGCUAACGAAGCUGGUGGUGGUGCUCCGGUGCUUUUUCGAGAGAUCCAUAAGAACGGCUGGCUUCGACGCACCGACACAGGCCACAAACCCGACAAGGACACGUUACGGUGCUGGGUGGCAUUUUGCGUUCACGACGAUGCCGAGCCCCGCUUCGAGGGUUUCCUCGACCAGAAGCAAGCCAGUUCCCACGUCCCAUUAUGGAGCCAAUCAUUGAGGAACGCCUUGCACCUCUCGCCAACGCUCUGCGCCACCUCCAAGAACGACUACGAGUUCUGCGUGAACUUCAGCGACGAUCGAAUAUUGCGUCUCGCUGCACCGACUUAUCAAGCUAUGCUCGAUUGGGUGCAGGUCGUCACGAGGAAGCUCACCGACAUGAAGGUCCUCCGACCCAAGGAAAACCUGUACUCGAAGGGCCCCGAAAGGAUAGCCACGAGAGAUCCCACGAGUCCACUGCCACCACCACCAAACCUGGGAGCCUUGAACGCGCGAGCAGCUUCGAGCUCGUCGUCGCCAUCGACUUCUAGUGCACCAACCGUCUUCACCUUCGAUGACAUGGCCACGGAGGAAAGAAGGACGAGCACGAGACUGCCGACGCGCUCAGCCCCACCGGUACCACCUAGUCCUCGAUUACCGAGCAGCGCAGCGUCGACAUCGACAACGGCACCGGCUAGUAAUGCCAGUACCGAUGGCAAUUCUAGCUACGAGAGUGUUUUUCUUGCAUCGUCGACUUAUCCGCAGAACGUAGAAUCUGCGAGGGCGAGCAACGCAUCUACCAGCAGAUCGCAGAGUUCGAGCGACGAGGGCGAGCAGUACGCCGUUCUCAUCCAAUGCCGUAGCACGGAUACCGCCAUUACCGCCAUUACCGCGAGUACCGCCAGUACCGCCAGUAUCGCCAGCACGGCCAGCACGGCCAGCACCGCUAGCACCGCUAGCACCAACAGCAUAGCUAGCGGUAGUCAAGUCCGUCAAGCGCGGACCCAGUUAACUUUGCGGGAGCAUCAGGUGCUACAGCUACGCAAGGAGAUGAGUCAUCCGGCUGGUGUGCGACUCAAGUUGGGCAGGCGGGAUUGCAAGGACGGGAUCGCUUUCGUCGACUGCUUCGGCGCUGUCUGGAUAGGAGGGUGGAAGCAGAAGGAGCAUCCUUUACUCUACAAUGUAUUACACAUUGGAGAUUUAGUAUUAAGCAUAGCCGGAAUUUCAUUAAAUGGCGCAAGUUCAGUCAGAGAUAUAUUAAAAAAUUAUACAUAUCCUCGUGUGGAAAUGAUAGUUAGAAGAUUACCGCACGGACGCGUCACGACCCUGACCCGUCGAACAGAAUCCGAAAAUUUUGGUCUCGAGGUCGGCCCCGCAAACGAAAUCCUUUCCGUCUCGACGAGUGCCCAGAUUCUCGGGCUCUCAGCCUUUGCGAAUCCUGCGGAUCCGAGCACAGACGUCGGCACGACGGUCAACUGGAUGCUGACGGAAGUUAAUAACCGUCCAGUGAAUAUUUACGAGGGAUGCGCGCGCGAACGCAUGAACGCCCGGGGACGUGACGUGUCUGUUGUCCUGCAGCCGUCGGAUCUCAUUACUGCUAUUAAGAAGAAACUACGUACCGUCCGCAGCUACAAGAGCUACAUCCUACAGUGAGCCAGACUCCAGUCUCGGCUCAGCAAAUCAAAUCCCCGAAAAUGUAUAUUUCAUAUGUAGAAAAGUGUUUGUUCAUCCUAUUGUAUAUUAACACCAAAAAUUAUAUCAAAGAACAUUGAUAAUGUAAGUGAGAGCUGGUAAAAUAGUUGGAGAAACUUCUUCGAGCGAAAUUUUGUGUUUUAUGAUAUUUUCUGAUUGUAGUGAAAAUUUAUUUAAAUUUUUGUAAUUCACUGUUUUGUGUUAAAUUAUUGCGAGAGAAUACGCGAUAAAAUAUGUAGAACGAAUAAUUAGUCAACUAAAUUAAUAUCAACUUAUGUACUGUAAUUACACAUAAAUUUUAGUAUUAUUUACAAAAUUUGUCCCUUACAUAAGACGAGAAUGUUUUUGUAAGUUACAUAUAAGUAUUCUACAGAAACUUGCGUGAAAGGAAGGAAAAUAUGUUAUAUUAUUAAAUCACUGUAUUUUUGUUCCUUCAAGAAAUUAACGCUGUCAAACAUUGAUAAUUAAAUUAACAUUUGCA